AUGUCGAGGCUGGGCCUCAACAUCGACCUAGACGACGUCGCCAGGCGCCUCAGCUUCUCCCCCGACCCCGACCACCGCCCGCCGCAGAUGCCGCCGCGCCAGGUUGGAAGGUUCCGGGUGGAGCCGGCGCUCUCGCCGAUCGCCGAGGAGCAGGAGCAGGAGGCGGCGGCGACGCACACCCCCGCGCGCCCUCCGCCAUGGGUCUCGUCACCGUCGCAGGCGCCGCCCUCCGCGCCUCACACGGGGACCUACGAGUGGCCUGCGAUGUCCCUACCCCCCGUAUCGCCGUCGCCGUCGCCUUUCCGCGCGCAGGUCCCGGCUCCUCCCACGCCGCAGCAGGUUGCGGCGGCGCUGGGGAAAUUGGAGCAGGCACGCCAAGCCGGGCUGCAGCAGGCGUGGGUGGCGGCGCAGCAGCAGCAGGCGCUCGCGGGAUGGGAGCAGAGACGUCAGGACGGGCUGCAGCAGCCAUGGGCGUUGGCGCAGCCGCAGCCGCAGCAGGCCGCAUCGACGGGAUUGGGGCAGGGACGUACGUCGGGGCCGCAGCAGGCGUGGGCGGAAGCGCAGCAGCAGCAGCAGCUGAGGCUGUACACGGUGGAAGGGGAGCCCGCGGGGUACAAGACGAAGUGGGAGGACCUCCAUCCCUUCUCCCAGCACCUCCUGCUACAGAUCGAGGACAGGAUAAGGGAGGAGAGGCAAGCGUGCGAGCAGUUGGAGCAAUGCAGCCGCCUCUGCGACCCGUCAGUCUCCAAUAGCAGUUUUGAACUGGAUGCUCGUCACAUUACACAGGAGAUUGGGUCAAUCUCCACCAUCAUGAACAGGGAGAAGGCUUCCAUUCAGAGAUUAAUGGAUUCUGUCAAAGAAAGUAUGUCCAUUGCAGAAUUUGCUAUAGGUUCAUAUGUGAACUUGAGACCAUGGUUCGUCAGCAGAGGUGCUGCAAAUACCAGUUUUGCAAACCAUGCUGGAUCUUCAGCCGCUCGUACUCAUGGCUCUGUAAGGCGGCCCUCUAUCUUUAUGCAGCGCAUUGUUGACAGAUUUGAGAAGCAACUUGAAGAAUGUUGCAAAUUGAUUGGAGAGCUAGAGCAGCUUGUUCAGAUGAAGAAUACUAAAACAUAUCCAGCUUCUUUGGAAUCUCUGCCAAAAGUUAUGUCGAACAUGCAUGACUAUUUUAUCUUUGUUGCUUCUAAGGUGGAAAAUCUUCAUCAAUAUGCUGAUGCAAUAAGGAUUCAAUAUCUUAAUGAUCUGCGGAACAGUGGUAAUCGGAAUGAUCCAUUUGUGGAAGCGGAUAGAAAAGAGGCAGCGAAACAAGAAGCCGCUUCCAUAACAGUCCAUCCAACAUUGGCUGCCCACCUGUCUCCACACAGAAUGGUGACACCCCAAAGCAGGCGUCAGAUGUGUAACUGAAUCAGCUUCGCAUCAGUCCUUUUUCUUGUAUGUCCUUCUGACUCCAUCCCUCUUCCCUCCUUUUUUUUACAGCAGCCUAUGAUUAACUUGUUUAAUGAGAAACUGCAGUGGAACUGUCUGACAUAAGGGCAGACUGUGCUUCCAGAUGUAAAAAUACCUGGUAACUAUAUGAAACCUAUACGACUCACAGGAUAAAUCGGCUGUGGCCACCUCAGUUUUCUUCCUAUCCGUGGCUAAGCUAACAUUGCUUCAGCAGUUUAGCCCAUUUAAGGUUUAAAAACGCUGGCAUUGACUUCUGUAAAUCACUCAGUGAUGAAACCUUUUUGUCGUCCAACCACUUACAAAGUAAUCAACUUCGAAGAUACUUUAUUAUAAUCUUCUUCGACCAAGCUACUUGUUAGUGUAUUGACUGUGAAUCCAUUUCACGUUUGACUUUGACAUAAAAAAAAUCUUAAUUGUGGAGCUUUAUACUUGAAGUGUUGAUUAACCAUCAGGCAUUUAGGUGUGACAUGGGAAUUGUGAUAUGAGAUUUCUCUUGAAAAGGAUGGGAUAAGAUGUGAUUGUGUAAACUGCACCAUUGUUGAUUAUAAAUGCCACGAGAACUAUAACGAUGCAGGUAUUUUUGGUUAAAUAAAAUAUAAGGCUAGAAGGUGAUUGCUAUUUGGCUUCUCACUGAAUGGUUUGGAUUAGUACUUGAUAGAAUUUUCCACACAACAAGGACUUGGUUAAACAGUAUUUUCAAAUGCAUCUAGGGCCACAUUCUCUUUGCUGUGUAUAUAACUUUUCGUAUGCAUGUGGCGGUUUCUCUCUCUUUUGCGGAAUAAACUUCAUGUUUUCUAAGAUAAUCAACUUGCCUUUUGGUUAGGACGGUCAGCUUAUCUAAACUUCUAAAGCGCCAAAUUACAUGCUUCUGUUGCUUCGUCGAAAGCUGCCACAUUAGUACCCAAGCCAUAUAGUAUGUUAUCAUGGAGGGUCCUUACUCGGUUAUGGCAUGUAGUCAUAUUCAAUUACAAAUUCUGGUGGUCUGUCCAGUCUAGCUGUCCUCUUGCUUUGCCAUUGCCUCUUUGGUUAUGUAGUAUUAUCUUUGCCUUGUUUCCCAGACGUAAGCGCUGACGGCAGUUCAUACGCGUAGGGUACCCAAAAAAUACUGGGAACUUUAGCCGUUGACAUUUUGCUAGUUGAUCAUUUCUGUAUCUGGUUGUACACCAAAGCCGCUGCCAGAACAGUCCAUCGAACAUUGCCUGUAGAUCUGUAAGUAACCUUCAUUCUGUAUUGCAGCUUUCACAAAUAACAUCUCAUGUAGUCAGGUUAGUAAACCUUGAAUUUUAUGUAGCAGUUGUCAGAACUAACAUCUCACGUGGUCAGGUAAAACUUUGUUUCUCAUCCUAUCCUUGAUUGGCUUCCAAUUUUUAUCGUUUUGUCAUUCUCCUGUUUAUCUCAGACAGAAUGGUGACACCCUGAAACAGGCGCCAGAUGUGUAACUGAAUUAGCUUCACAUCAGUCCUUAAAUUGUUUAAUGAGAAACUAUAGUGGAGCUGUCUAACAUAAGGGUAGACUUUGCUUCCAGAUGUAAAAAAUACCUGGCAUUCUGACAACUAUAUCAAAACCUAUAGGACUCACACGAUAAAUCCAUGGCUAUGGCCACCUCAGUUUUCUUCCUUUCUGUGGUGAAGCUAACAUUGCGUCAGCAGUUUAGCCCAUUUAAGGUUUAAAACACUGGCAUUGAAUUAUGUAAAUCACUCAGCGAUGAACCUUUGAGUCGCCCAACCACUUAGAGGGUAACUAACAUUUGAAGUUACUCCACUUUAUUAGAAUCUUCUUUGACCAAGCUACUUAUUAGUGUAUUGACUGUGAUAAUCCAUUUCAUGUUUGACUUUGACAUACGCAGUACAAAUGAUAUUAAUUGUGGAGCUUUAUGCUUGAAGCGUUGAUUAACCAUCGUGCAUUUAGGUUGUGACAUGGAAAUUGUGAUAUGAGACUUGUCUCUAAAAAAAAAGGGUACAGUGUGAUUGUGUCAACUGCCCAGCUGUC